AUGGAUCAUUAUCUUACUACCUACAGAAAAGAUUAUCUGUGGCCGAACUUACCUCAUGUCGGUGGUGGCGGCGAAACCGCGGGCUUAGCUGACACACCAAAACUGUCUGGUCAAGAAUUAGCGUUCUACCAAGCAUGUAUGCAGCAUUCAAGGCCGCCGGACUGCCGAUGCCCGCAAUACUCUGGAGGGGAGAUGCCGCAACUGCCGCCUGGGAAGGAGGGCGGCUGGAGUCGAAAUGAGAUAAUGGGACCUCUCCUAGAUCCAAAACUGUACCCUGUGCGAGUCGCUGCGAGUCCUGAAACUCCAACAUCUCGCUACGAUCAGCCCAAUGCAUUUUUAGAUAAGCUUCAAUCGAAAUACCCAAUGCUGUACAGCAUCCUCCAGAACGAAGCGUCUCCGGAGCUCAAGCAAAGGAUCGACAGAGAUCGCAACAAGACCACUUACUUCGUAGAUUACUGUGAAAGAGGUCCCGGAUCUAAAUUCGAGGGUCUGCAGCGAGCAGCCGAUGACAGCGGGUCGGGCCCCUGCGCGCAGCCCAUGCGGCUCCCUGGGGACCCUUGCCGCGUCGGACCCAAGCCGCGCAUGACCACUCCGAGAACCAUGUCCAAACAAGGCAGCGCUGGGGCUGGUAGCGAUCCGAGGGCUAAAUGCGAAACCACAUCAGCCGUACCGCCUUUAGGGAAAUCUGAGUACCAAGACGGAGUUUCCAAGCUUGGCGCUAUCAUAAUGCGCGACAAGCUACACAGGAGAUAGUGCCUAACUUCUAGUCCGAGUUGUCACACUGUAUAUACGCUUCAAAAUGUACAACUACCAAAAAGACACGAUCU